CAAUUAGUCACUUGCCAUAGUGCCAUGCCUCUCAUCUUGUUUAUAAACGCAGCAUUUUCAAUUCUUAACCCAGAGAUCAAUACCCAAAUUCAGAAUUCCUUUCUUUCCUUCACUCCUCACGUCCAUCAAUGAUGCCAGAACUGUCGUGGCUAGAAUAUAACAGUUGGGAUUUAUAUGACGAGGAAGAGCAACAAAAGAAGAUGAAUUAGAGAGAAAAGGGAGAUCAAGGCUCAGGUCUCUGAGAUUGAGAAACGUUAAUCCCAAUAGCUUUAGUCCUUUUUGUUGGUGCAGAGUCAAUUCUUAACGGAGAACAGGGAGAAAUAGAUAUGGGUAGAGUGGCAGUUGCUGUGAUUGUGAGCUUGUGGGUCAUUCCCAUUUCAAUUCUCGUAAAUCGCAUUGUUCCUGACCCUUACAUGGAUGAAAUAUUUCAUGUUCCCCAGGCUCAGCAGUACUGCAAAGGCAAUUUCAAGAGUUGGGAUCCCAUGAUCACAACUCCUCCUGGCCUGUACUAUCUUUCACUUGCCCCUGUUGCUUCUUUGUUUCCAGCCAUGUUCUUUAUACAAGCAGUGUCAUCAUUUUUUGAAGUUUGCUCCACUUCGGUUCUUCGCUCUGUAAAUGGUGUGUUGGCAGUAUUAUGCAGCAUUAUCAUAUAUGAGAUAAUAAUUCAUUUGAGACCAAUUCUUGAUGGUAGAAAAGCAACUCUUCGUGCUGUGGUCCUAGCGUUGUACCCUCUCCACUGGUUCUUCACUUUUCUUUACUAUACAGAUGUUGCAUCACUUACUGCAGUACUUGCUAUGUACCUUGCAUGUUUGAAGAAGAAAUAUCAGCUUAGUGCAUUGCUUGGCACAUUCGCAGUUGUCAUUAGACAAACAAAUAUUAUAUGGAUGGUUUUUAUUGCAUGUACUGGGGUCAUAAAUAUUACUCUAGCACAUAGAAGAAGUGUUGAGAAAGUGGACGAGUCUCAUGAGUCAGUCAGGAAAAAUGGUCAUUUAACUCCCAGCAGUAGUGCCACUGUUGCUUCCAACUUGAGAAAAAGAAAGUCCAAGGGCAUUGUGGACGAGGAUGAUAAAUCUAGGCUCAGUACUAGUAUCUAUUCAGCAACUCAAACAUCAGGGCUCCUUGAUGAGAUUCACGAUAUACUUUUGACUGCAUGGCAUAUGAAGUGGGAUAUUUUGUGCUCAUUCAGCCCCUUCUUUUUGGCAUUGGUGGCCUUUUUCACUUUUGUCUAUUGGAAUGGAAGUGUAGUUCUUGGCGCAAAAGAAGCUCAUGCAGUUUCUCCACAUUUUGCGCAGAUAAUGUAUUUUAGUUUGGUUUCCACUCUGGCUGUGGCUCCUGUACACCUCACUAUGGGUCCAGCUAAAAGGUUGCUUUGGUCAUUCUGGAAGAACAAACUCCUUAGUUUCUUUCAAGUGCUUGUCGCCUUUAUUACCAGCUUCCUUUCUGUGCAUUUUUUUAGCAUUACUCAUCCCUAUCUUCUUGCUGACAAUCGGCAUUACCCCUUUUAUCUUUGGAAGAAGGUCAUAAAAGCUCAUUGGUCAAUGAAGUAUCUUCUAGUUCCUCUUUAUGCUUAUUCCUGGUUCUCAAUUUUCAGUAUACUGGGUUAG